AUGUUUUGCUCCAGAGGAAGUCGAAAGUCCUAUAUUGGAAAUAGAAUUCAAAGUACCAGUCAUGCAGACGCGAGGAAGACUGGGGAUGCUGGAGAUGAGAGGAAUAAGACUGAGGAUGCUGGAGAGGAGAGUCAGAAGACUAAGGAUGCUAGAGAGGAGAGUGAUAAAACUGAGGAUGGUGGAGUAGCCGAAUCGAGAGAGUAG